ACUAAUAACUCACCAUAAUUGCCUUCCAGUUCAUUCACCAAAGCCAAAAAACAACAUUCUUCAUUACAUACCAGAAACCAAGGAGAAAGAUAUAUUCAAAGUUGUGUAUUGAUUCUGCCCAUCUUGUGACUCAUGAUGAUUUCUUCAUGGAGGAGGAGAAGAGCAGCCAGGCGCGCAGGGAAAGAGCCGAGAAGGAAUGAAAAUGGGGAAAUGGAGCUGACGAUACCAAGAGAUUUCAGGUGCCCGAUAUCGCUAGACUUGAUGAAAGAUCCUGUCACUUUGUCCACAGGGAUAACUUAUGAUCGAGAGAGCAUUGAGAAGUGGAUUGAAGCCGGGAAUUUCACCUGUCCUCUUACAAAUCAGGUUUUGAGGAGUCUCGAACCGAUUCCGAAUCACACGAUAAGGAAGAGGAUACAAGAUUGGUGCGUUGAGAACCGGUCUUUUGGGAUUGAGAGAAUCCCUACGCCUCGAGUUCCCGUUAGUUCGACGGAGGUUUUGGAGAUUCUUUCGAAAAUUGAUGUUGCUUUCAAGAAAGAAGAUGGAGAAGGGUGCCGAGAAUUGGUGGUCAAGGUCAAGUCAUUGGCAAAGGAGAGUGAACGUAACAAACGGUGCAUUGUGACCAACGGGGCAGGCAGCGUUUUAUCAGAAGCUUUUCAAGCCUUUUCCAAGGCGUCUUUUGAUGUAAAUGUUGCAGUUCUAGAGGAGAUAUUGUCUGCUUUGACGAUAAUGUUUCCUCUUGACGGAGAGGCUAAAGGUUUCUUAGGAUCAGUUUCAGCUAUGCAUUGCUUGAAAUGGUUUUUAAGCAGCGGAGACUUAUCUAGGAGGAGAAACGCAGUUUUGGUAUUAAAGGAGCUUGGUCAAGAAAAAAUGGAUGAGUUAUCGGAGAUGGAAGGUGCCAUUGAAGCAUUGUUUAAGCUGAUUAAGGACCCAAUUUGCCCCACAGCUACAAAAGCUUCUUUAACUGUCAUUUACUACAUGAUCACAUCAACGUCAACAAAUGAGCAACUAAUAGCAGAGUUUGUUAAUCUAGGAAUAGUUUCAUUGUUACUAGAAACGCUGGUGGACAGUGAAAGAGGCUUGUGCGAGAAGGCUUUAGGUGUUCUUGAUGGGAUCUGCAACAGCGAGGAAGGCAGACAAAUGGCCUGCAACAAUGCCUUAAGCAUGCCGGUUUUGGUUAAGAAAAUCCUGAGGGUCUCAAAUUUGGCAACUGAGCUCUCACUCUCCAUUUUGUGGAAGCUUUGCAAGAACGAGAAAAGUGAAGAUGGAGGCGUUCUCGUUGAAGCUCUGCAAGUGGGUGCUUUCCAAAAGCUGUUGCUGCUCCUGCAGCUUGGCUGUGUUGACAAGACAAAGGAGAAAGUUUCAGAGUUGUUGAAAUUGUUGAAUCUCCACAGGAAUAAAGUGGAAUGUGUUGAUCCCAUGGAUUUCAAAGAUCUCAAAAGGUCUUUUUGAUUGCAAUAAUCGAAGCAAAACAUGCAUGUAGAGUAGGGAAAUUUUGGUUGUGAUUUACAGAUUACAGUUCAAUGUACAAAAACAAAUAUUGAGCAUACAGUUCA